UUCAGUUUCACCUGCCCUUAAGAUUUUACUUCCGCGUUUGUCAGUGACUAAACUUGGUAACGUUCGUGGUUUGGGAAAAUCCCGCCAUUUUAAACACAGUUUACCUCAGACUAGUUCACAAAAGCCUGCAGACAUGUACUCCACAGAUGCAGUCCCUUUCACUGACGACCCUCGGCCGCAGCGCAACGCCCGGUCCUGGAUACUGGUUCCACACAAGGAGAUGUUUGUACGGAUCGAGGAGGACCUCGUCGAGGACGAGAGGCGGAGUCUGAAGGGCCUUCUCUACGGCAGGAUCCCGGCGGGCAAACUACAGAAGUACGGCGUCGGGGACAUCUUUCGUCACAUGGAGAGGAUGGGGCAGAUCAGCGCCUCCAACCUGGAGCCCCUGGCGGAGCUGAUGGAGUUGAUACACCGCAAGGACUGGGCGAUAAAAAUCCGGACGCUACAGGAGCAGACCAGAGCGCUAGCGAACCAGAGAGCGACUAGUGCGACCCCCACUGCUGUUCGAGCAGCACCACGAAGAUCUGCUCAACCCUUCGGCGGGAGUCGACAACGGUACCAUACUGACGGGCCGGGCGCAAACUUUGGGCCGGGCGGGAGGAAGAGGACCAGGGAUGUAGCUGUCAGCGCCGGGACCUCCACAGCUCCUGACGCCGCGGGACGCCACUCCUCCUCACGCUCGGCUACCCGUGCCCGGGCGCCGGACAGUGACGAGGAGAGUAGCGAGAGUAGUGAUGGACAUGAACCAGAGGAACCACCUGUAAAGAGACGAGCCCCUGCUAACCCCAUAACGGACGCGCAUCUAGCCAGACUGGCCAAGACCAUGCCGCCCGGCUGGAUGACGGUUGGUCUGGAUCGUUUUGGCGCCACCACCGCUGACAUAGACAGGUGGGAGACCAAGUACCCCCGCGACAGAGACAUGCAGAUCGUUGAAAUGUUCAAAUCGUGGAAGGACAAGACAGGGAAGGGCGCGACCCUCCGGACUUUGUGUGACAAGUUGGAAAAGGCCGGGGUUCCGUAUGACGUCUACAAGUUUCUGACGGAGGACAGCUCAAACUGACUCGGGGUGACCAAGCAAAAUUAAUAAUGCCAAUGAAACUUCUUGUGUAUAGUGUGUUUAUAAUGACAUUGAACUUAAUUGCAUAUCCACGCCCUAC